AUGAUUCCGGACUCUGCGCGAGCGGCAGUUUCAGUGCUGGGUGACAUUUUGGGUCGCGCCAUGAAAAACCUGGAUGGCUUGUUGCAAAUGCCUUACGGCUGUGGGGAGCAGAACAUGGCUCUCCUGGCUCCGAAUAUUUACAUCCUGGAAUAUCUGGAAAAGACAAACCAGCUCACUCAAGAGACCAGAGAUAGAGCCGAACAAUUUCUGACCAGCGGUUACCAGAGACAAUUGAACUACAAACACAGUGACGGAGCCUACAGCACUUUUGGAACAGGAACUGGAAACACAUGGCUGACCGCUUUUGUCGUGAGAACCUUUGUGAAAGCCAAACAUUUUGUCCACAUCGACCAAGCAAAUAUUGAUGAAUCAAAGAUGUGGCUGGAGUCAAAACAGGAGAACGGUUGCUUUGCGAUGCUUGGGAAACUGUUUAACAACAGAAUUAAGGGAGGAGUUUCAGAUAAUGUAACGUUGACCGCCUACAUCUCUGCUGCUCUGUUGGAGAUGGGAGUGCCUGCAGAUAAUGAGAAACUAUCCAAUGCCUUAACCUGCCUGAAGGAGUCGAUGAACGAUUUGAGCAACACUUACACCACGGCCCUGAUGGCCUACGUCUUCACUUUGGCCAAUGACUUAACAACCAGGACACAACUGCUUGACCAUCUCAACACUAAGGCACACAGAGAGGGUGGAUUGCUCCACUGGUCUCAGACGUCAGCUGAGACUUCUGCUUCGCUCUCGGUGGAGAUCAGCGCAUAUCAGAACUACUAUGGAGGCUUCAGCUCCACACAGGACACUGUGGUGGCUCUUCAGGCCUUGUCUCUGUACUCCACUCUGGUCUACAGUCCUGGUGGUCAGAGCACGGUCACGAUCAUUACUCCCAGUGGUUCUCAGACGUUUGAUGUGAACCAAAACAACAAGCUGCUUUACCAGGAGACAACCUUCCAAAACGUGGAGGGAGAUUACAGCGUGAGCGUACAGGGCAACACCUGCGCUGCCAUUCAGAUUGCUCUCAUGUACAACGUCCCGACACCCACCGGCACCUCUGCAUUCAAAGUUGAUGUGACUCACAAGGUCGACUGCGACAGCAACUUACUGAGACCCAAAAUGAACCUCUUCUUCAAAUCAGAGUAUAAUGGGGACCAGGAAACCUCCAACAUGGUCAUCCUCAACAUUAAGAUGCUCUCUGGAUUCAAACCAGAUUCUCGGUCUCUGAAAGAGCUGGAGGGCGCAUUGCUGGUCGAAAGGAUUGAAAAUGACCAAAAGGACAAUGACCAUUAUUUGGUCUACCUGAAAGAGCUACCGAAAGGCAUCCCCAUCAAUCAUCAAUUAGUGGUGGUACAGGAACGCGAAGUGAGUAACCUGAAGCCCGCCGUGGUGGUACUCUACGACUACUACCAGCCCAGCGACAGUGAUGAGACAGAGUACAGUUACCCCUGUGCUUGA